GGCGGAGCGCCCGGCACGCGGAGGUGACGUAGCAUCAUGGCGGCAGCCGAGCCUGAGCGCAAGCGAAAGGCUCCAGAGGCGGCGGCAGGCGAGGAGCGGGGAGCCGCGGAACUGGGGGAAUACGAGGAAGAGGAGGAGGAGGAGCGCUGGGUCGGGCCGCUCCCAGGGGAGGCCGCGCAGGCGAAGAAGAGGAGAGUUCUUGAAUUUGAACACGUUUACCUUGAAAAUCUACCAUCUGCUUCAAUGUAUGAACGCAGUUACAUGCACAGAGAUGUCAUUACACACGUAGCAUGUACUAAGACAGAUUUUAUCAUAACAGCCAGUCAUGAUGGACAUGUAAAAUUCUGGAAAAAAAUAGAAGAAGGGAUUGAGUUUGUUAAACACUUCCGAAGUCACCUGGGUGUUAUUGAGAGUAUUGCUGUUAGUUCAGAGGGAGCAUUGUUCUGUUCAGUUGGAGAUGACAAAGCAAUGAAGGUGUUUGAUGUAGUCAACUUUGACAUGAUCAACAUGCUGAAACUUGGCUACCACCCUGGCCAAUGUGAAUGGGUAUAUUGCCCUGGAGAUGCCAUAUCUUCUGUUGCAACAUCCGAGAAGAGCACAGGAAAAAUAUUCAUAUAUGAUGGCCGAGGAAAUAACCAGCCACUUCAUGUUUUUGAUAAACUCCAUACAUCCUCGCUUACUCAGAUACGGCUGAACCCUGUCUACAAAGUAGUUGUGUCUUCUGACAAGUCUGGGAUGAUCGAGUACUGGACUGGUACACCUCACGAAUAUAAAUUCCCCAAGAAUGUGAACUGGGAGUAUAAAACAGAUACUGAUCUAUAUGAAUUUGCUAAAUGCAAGGCUUACCCAUCCAGUAUAAGUUUUUCACCUGAUGGCAAGAAAAUGGCCACUCUUGGGUCUGACAGAAAAGUUAGAAUUUUUCGUUUUCUGACGGGGAAGCUUAUGAGAGUCUUUGACGAAUCUCUAAGUAUGUUUACUGAACUUCAGCAGAUGAGACAGCAACUACCAGACAUGGAGUUUGGCCGACGUAUGGCAGUUGAGCGUGAGCUGGAGAAAGUGGAUGCAGUAAGAUUAAUUAAUAUAAUUUUUGAUGAAACUGGACACUUUGUUCUUUAUGGAACAAUGUUGGGCAUUAAGGUCAUCAAUGUAGAGACUAACAGGUGCAUUCGUAUCUUGGGAAAACAAGAGAACAUCAGAAUGAUGCAACUAGCUUUAUUCCAAGGAGUGGCAAAGAAACAUCGUGCUGCAAUCACUAUAGAGAUGAAAGCAUCUGAAAAUCCUGUUCUCCAGAAUAUCCAGGCAGAUCCGACAGUAGUCUGCACAGCUUUUAAAAAAAAUAGGUUUUACAUGUUUACUAAACGUGAACCAGAAGAUACAAAGAGUGCAGAUUCUGAUAGAGAUGUAUUUAAUGAGAAACCUUCUAAAGAAGAGGUCAUGGCAGCCACUCAGGCCGAAGGUCCCAAAAGAGUCUCAGACAGUGCCAUCAUCCACACAAGCAUGGGAGAUAUUCAUAUCAAGCUUUUUCCUGUUGAGUGCCCCAAAACAGUGGAAAACUUCUGUGUGCACAGCAGGAAUGGCUAUUACAAUGGACACAUAAUUCACCGUAUCAUCAAGGGUUUCAUGAUUCAGACUGGUGAUCCAACUGGUACAGGAAUGGGAGGUGAAAGUAUUUGGGGAGGAGAAUUUGAAGAUGAGUUUCAUUCAACUUUACGACAUGACAGACCAUACACACUCAGCAUGGCUAAUGCAGGACCAAAUACCAAUGGAUCCCAGUUCUUUAUAACAGUAGUGCCAACUCCAUGGCUAGACAACAAGCACACUGUGUUUGGACGGGUGACUAAAGGAAUGGAAGUUGUUCAGAGAAUCUCAAAUGUAAAAGUCAAUCCAAAAACUGACAAGCCCUAUGAGGAUAUCAGCAUCAUUAAUAUCACAGUGAAGUAAGGCAGGCGUUGAAGGUUCCUGCUUAAGCAGAAAAAAAUGAGCGUAUGGGACCCAGAAAGGGACCUAGAAAGAACAGAAACAUUUUAAAUAAUUUCUAGAUAUAGUGAGUACCAAGACAGAGCAAUCACCAGUUCUACAAUUUUUAAUGUACCUAAAGUGCCCUAAUUCUGUAUUUCUGAUAACUUUGUAUUUUAAAGUAAAAACAUAAGCAUGUUUCUUAUGAA